AACUGGCCGGCUGGCACGCAGGCGCCCUUGCCCAGAGCUCGUCGCCGUCAUGGCGGCCUCCCCGGACAAGUACUCGGUACUGCUGCCCACCUACAACGAGCGCGAGAACCUGCCGCUCAUUGUGUGGCUGCUGGUGAGGAGCUUCGCGCAGAGUGGAAAUGAAUUUGAAAUUAUAAUUAUAGAUGAUGGAAGCCCAGAUGGGACACAAGAAGUUGCUGAACAAUUGAUAAAAAUUUAUGGAUCAGAUAAAAUUCUUUUAAGACCCAGAGCAAAGAAACUUGGAUUGGGGACUGCUUACAUUCAUGGAAUGAAGCAUGCUACGGGAAACUUCAUAAUUAUUAUGGAUGCUGACCUCUCACACCAUCCAAAAUUCAUUCCAGAAUUUAUCAGAACCCAGAAAGAAGGUAAUUUUGACAUUGUAUCUGGAACUCGCUAUAAAGGAAAUGGAGGCGUGCAUGGGUGGGAUUUGAAGCGAAAAUUGCUCAGUCGAGGUGCCAACUUCCUAACUCAAGUUCUUCUGAGUCCAGGAGCAUCUGAUUUAACAGGAAGUUUCAGGUUAUAUAAAAAGGAAGUUUUACAUAAAUUGAUGGAGAAGUGCAUUUCAAAGGGAUAUGUUUUCCAGAUGGAAAUGAUUGUCCGGGCCAGACAACUGGGUUACUCUAUUGGAGAGGUCCAGAAAAAGCACAAGAGCAAGUCCAUGGAUGCUAGACGGACAGAUUCUGAAAAGGUUCCAAUAUCAUUUGUGGACCGAGUCUACGGAGAGUCUAAACUAGGAGGCAAUGAAAUAGUUUCCUUUCUAAAGGGCUUACUGACUUUGUUUGCAACUACAUAAUAAAGAUAUAUUUACUACA